AUGGGUGCUUUGCACUCUGCUGCUUCUACCAUGGAUGAGAUGGUGAAGGAAGGUGUGAGCCCAGACGUGGUUAGUUUCAAUACGGCGCUGAUGAGUGCGUUCUACAGAAAUGGGAGGUUUGACGACGGCGAGUCCAUCUGGAAGAGAAUGGCGGAAAUGGACAUCGCUCCUGAUAUCGGGUAUGUCAAAGACGACAACUUGGAAGCUGUUAAGCGUUGGUAUGGCGAAUUUGAGAAGAAGGGGCUUGCACUCUUUAAGGCCCUCUUUGAGACUUUGGCACCGUUUCUCUGUGAGAAGGGUGAGCUGCAGCUUGCUUUCGAGCUUUGUCGCGAAACAAUUCGUGCGAAGUGCGCUGUUGAUGCAGUUUGUUGUUGA